AUGUCUGAGGCGGCAGUAGCAGAAGGGAUUAACAAUCCAGACAAUCUCACCAAGCAAGUCUGUCCGUACAAAACCGCCGCUACCAUCAGCCACAAAGUCCUCGAGGAAGUCUCCAAAUGGCUGGUCGACGGAGCCAAGAUUGUCGACCUGUGCAUCAAGGGCGAUGAGCUUCUCGAGGCUGAGCUCAGCAAAGUCUACAAAGGAAAGUCCAUCAACAAGGGAAUUGCCACACCUUGCACAGUAUCCCCUAGCUCCCAUGUCACUCCCUUCACCCCUCUGGUGUCGGACGCCGAGGACGCCGCCCUGACCAUCAAGGGCGGUGAGCUGGUCAAGAUUCAACUGGGUGCACAGAUCGACGGCUAUGGUGCCAUUGUGGGGGACACUGUUGUAGUGCCACAAGAGAAAGGGAAGAAAGCAGAAAUCACGGGCAGGGAGGCAGACUUGCUGCUCGCCACAUACUACGCCAAUGAACUCCUGCUCCGCCUCAUGGUGCCUCCUGGACUGCUGGCAAGCGGUACUGAUGAAGAGAAGAAGAAGGCUGCUGCAGAAAAGCCACCGACACAGACCAAGAUAAUCUCGCUGAUUGAUAAGGUCGCCAAAGCCUAUGACGUCCGUGUCGUUCAGCAUACCACGUCCUGGCUGUUUGAGAAAAAUGAAAUCGAGGGCAAGAAGAAGAUCAUCCUGUCUCCCGCCGACGGUGCCAAAGGAGAAGGCUCGGCCGAAGUCGGCGAGGUGUGGGGGGUCGAGAUGGGCAUGAGUCUGGGAUCUGGCAAGGUCAAAGAGCUGGACAAACGAUCAACCCUGCUGAGGCGGACCACUACGACCUAUGGCCUGAAGCGGCCGAGCUCGAGACAGGUUCUGUCAGAAAUCGUCAAGAAAUUCGGCACCUUCCCUUUCAGCUUGCGACAGCUGGAUGAUGAGCGAGCCGGCAAAGUUGGCGUGGUCGAGUGCAUCAGAUCAGGGGUACUACGUGAAUACAAGCCAGCCGCAGAGGCGGACGGUUCUCCGGUCUCCAGGUUGUUCACCACCAUUGCCAUCACAAAGAACGGUCUUACACGCCUAGCAGCUCCACCUCCAUUGGAUCUGGAAGCCGUCAAGUCCGACAAGAAGAUCGAGGAUGAAGAGGUUCUCUCAAUCCUGGAGCGACCACUCAGCAAAUCCACUGGCUCCAAGAGCAAGAACAAGAAGAAAAAGAAGAAGCCCGCCAAGAAGGCUGCCGCCGCCGCCGCUACUACCGAAGACGACGACGAUGAUGACGAGGAUGAUAGCGACGAAGAAUGA